GUGACGUAGGCAGGGCGAAAUUUGAACGUCUGUUUUUCCGAGCUGCCGUUGUUUAGCGGACACAGAAACAAACACCGGGUUUAUUAAGGCGAUUUUUAGACUUUAAAAGGCGUUGCUUUAUUGUAUAAGAUGAGGUUUAGGCGCAGCAGAGCCGGGAGAUUAAAUACGAGAGGAGUUUGGUGACUUUGAUCGGUUGUUUUUGUUGAAAUGCGUCAAGCGGAGCUCUGAGGGGAAUAAGCUAACGUUAGCCUAGCCGUCAGAGUUUGUGUGUUCAACACCCAAAACCUGUAUUUCGCCUGUUUUUAAACCGAAAGCACCUUUUUAGCGUAUUCCCUCUCACAUCCAGCCGUUUAUAUCCGCAAUAAUGAAGGUUUUGGAGCGAAAUGUGGUUCGUCUGGCCGUCGUUCAGCAUCUUCGCUCGGUUUAUGGAAUAAAAAUCAAAAACUGGAACAAAAACAGAAACAAGCAGACAUCGUUGAACACGGUGAGGGUGUUUGGGGUUGCUCUUGAAGGCCUGCCGCACUGUCCUGUGCUAGACUACGGAGAUGUGCCCUGCUUUAUAGCAGAUGUUUGCACGAGCCUCCUGGAGCAUUUGGACACAGAGGGCCUCUUCAGAAAGUCAGGCUCUGUCGUGCGGGUCAAGAGCCUCCGGGCCAAACUGGACCAGGGCGAGGACUGUCUGUCCACUGCUCUCCCGCUGGACGUCGCUGGACUUCUGAAGCAGUUUUUCCGGGAGCUUCCCGAGCCGGUUCUGACCUCUGACCUGCACAGUGCUUUCCUGAAGGCCCAGGAGCUGCCCACGGAUGAGGAGAGGACCUCAGCCACGGUCCUGCUGUCCUGCGUGCUGCCCGACAGCAAUUUAAACACACUGCGUUACUUCUUCAGCUUCCUGAAGAGCGUCUCCCAACGAUGUGCUGAGAAUAAGAUGGACAGCAGUAAUCUCUCGGUCAUCUUUGCACCCAAUCUCUUUCACUGUGGAGACGGAGGGGAAAAAAUGAGCAGCAGCACAGAGAAGAGACUCAAGCGUCAGGCAGCGGUUGUGCAGCGUCUCAUAGAUAACGCUCAACACCUGGGUGUGGUUCCUCCGUUCCUGAUGGAGAAGGUUCCAGCCAUGUUGGGUUGUGAUGCUGGAGUGUUUUCUCCGUCGUCUGUGUCUCUAGAAGAGAGUGACGCUCACUCAGACCUGAAGAAGAGCAACAGACGCAGUUUAGGAGACAUGGUAAACGGAGCUCUGAAUAGGUUUAAAACUAGUAGAACCCCAACAAAUACCCCUCAGUCUGAUGGAGCAGUUUUCUCCGUAGCCACUCCUGUCAUCAUGACUCCGAACUCCAAGCGUAAGCUUCCUCUGGAGUCGGCACAGACUCAUGGGUUCUCCAGCAAGAAACGCAGGUCCAUCAAGAAGAACCUGGGCCUGGAGCUGUUCCCGAACACUUUGUUUGGAGGAGCAUCUACACCCGGAUCAGCACACAGCGCGGCAGGAGCUCUGGACUCGUCUCACAGCGGUUUACUGUCUUCUGUGGGCAGAAACACUCGUCUGUCCUGCAGCUCUGCUAGGAGGAAGAGCAGACGACUGCGAGACCGCAGCGUGAGCAGGUACGACACAAACGUCAUUACACAUUCACAACUGGGGCCAAAGGGGUCAGAGGUCAUAGGUUGGCGCCUAGCGACACAAGAGAGCUGUUCUGGGUUUCACUUCACCAAGGAGCUCAGUCCGGCUGUUGUGAACAAGAGCCCGUCAAAAGGCUCCAAGUUCAUCAGUAAAUCUGAGGAUAACCUGUUGACCCCGCAGUGUGAUCCUACAGACCACAGGAGCUCGUGGAGCGGAGACACUCCUGACGUCGGCCUGACCUUCCCACCGGACUCCUUCUCGGAGACUCCCGUAAGCAUCUGUCUGAAGAGUAGCUACCGCUCCGAGCCCACCGUCAUCGUGAGCAAACCUGCGAUGGUCAGCAGUGUUAUUCCCAAGAGCCUCUGCUGCGCCUCCAGUGACCGCAGCGCCUCGGAUUCGUUCAGCGAAGAACGCUCUCACACUGGACCCACGCUACUGAAAACCAAACAAGCUUUCGGCGAGUCUUGCAGUGACCUUCACAGCAUCGUUAAACAGCACGACGAACCGCAAGACGACCCCUGCGCAAACUCUGAAGUUCUUUCAUCUGACGUGGGUUUGCCUCCGGAAGCCUCACACAAGUCGAUGUCUGAAUCCAGCAACUCGGAUGAUCACAGUGUGACAUUCGGCCAAAUCGAGAUCGCUCAUUUGUCGCCUCUACAUAUAGACAGCGCUCUGUUCGACAGCGGAUCGACGCGGUUUGUGGAGACCAGCCCUGACGGGUCUCUUUGUCUUGAAAAUGAAAGCAGGGCUUUCCUAAAAGAGGCCACUGGAGACUGCAGUCAACUGAUCGACGCUUUAGACAUCCAGAGUCCUGUGGCUUUCAGAUUGGAGACGUCCAACAGAGUUCAAUCAACUCCGUAUGCAACAAGAACGCAAACAAAUGCCAAUACGUCUCUGCCGAGCGAGCUCAAAAAGCUUUUAUUAACAGAUAAGACCAACAGUCCUCAAGAUCAAGCGGAGAAGCCACAGAACCAUCCUGGAGCCUCUGAAACGCGCCGAAUGAGAGUUGCCGACCAGAUUAAACUGUUCAACAUGAUGACGCUGAAUUCACCCAACGCCAAAGCGCUCCGCUCUCCUCUGAAGUUCCAGCGCACGCCGGUCCGACAGUCCGUCAGAAGGAUAAACUCUCUGAUCGGAGGCCGGAAGAACACAAGGAUGGGUUGGUGCGCCGCCAGUCAGAUAAAGGCUGUAAGUUUAGAGAGCGGUUUGCAAAUGUCCUCGAAACCCAAACCUCCAGUUCCUCCAAAGAAAGCAGCUGUCAAAGCACUGGAAGACGUCACCAAUAAAGCACCAACGCGUGACACGCUCUCAGCCAAUAAGAAUGCAGCAAAUGAGCGUCCCAAGUCUGUCCUGCUUCAUGUUUCUGAAAAUGAUACCAGUUGCUAUAGAGGUUCACCCAAAAACCCUCUAACAGAGGGAAGACCGCUGUCAGCAAUGAAACCCAUUGAUGUAUAAGUCGCCAUAACUUUAAAUGCGUUCUUCUGCAGAUGUUUUUGAACUCAUGUAUUCAGGGGUCUUAAUUUAUUUCGCUACGGUGAGCUUUGAUCGUUUUACUGGUGAAUGGUGCGAGUGAUGUUUGUACGUUAUAAGGAAAUUGCUGAAUUUGUUU